AAUAAAAACCCCAUUUCAUUUCUCUGUUGUAGUAGUAUAUUUUUUUUUUGGGUGUGUGUACAGUGAGAUAAGAAAGAGCACAUUUUCUCUCUCAUUUUCAUGACCCACAAAAACCCCAUGAAUGGGCACUAGGCAGAGCUCAUGGAAAUGGGUUCGGGCUCUUUGACGGAGUCAGGUGGUUCUUCCACCAACUCUUCCACUGAGUCACUCAACGGCUUAAAGUUUGGAAAAAAAAUCUACUUUGAGGAUGCAGCUGCUGGUGCACCUGCAGCAGCUGCGGCAGCUUCUGCUACUGGUGGUGGUGGUGCGGUGGGGACUCCACCCAAGUCAGGUCCGGGUUCUUCAAGCUCAUCCGGGUUGGGCAGGAAGGCCAGGGGUGGAGGAGUGGUGCAAGGUGCUCAGCCUCCAAGGUGUCAAGUAGAAGGGUGUAAAGUGGAUCUGAGUGAUGCUAAGGCUUACUAUUCAAGGCAUAAGGUUUGUGGUAUGCACUCCAAGUCCCCUAAAGUCAUUGUUGCUGGUCUUGAGCAAAGGUUUUGUCAGCAGUGUAGCAGAUUUCAUCAGCUUCCUGAGUUUGACCAAGGGAAACGGAGUUGCCGUAGACGGCUUGCAGGUCACAACGAGCGACGGAGGAAGCCUCCACCUGGAUCAUUAUUACCCUCUCGUUAUGGCAGACUCUCUUCAUCGAUUGUUGAAAGCAGUAGAGGUGGAAGCUUUAUCAUGGAUUUCACAGCUUACCCAAGGCUUUCUGGAAGGGAUGCGUGGCCAACAGCAAGAUCAUCAGAGCGUGUACCUGGAAAUCAAAACACGGCCACAGGGAGGUCACUUCCACAUCCAUGGCAAAACAACUCAGAGAAUCCUCCGCCUGACCUUUUUCUGCAAGGUUCACCGGGUGGGACUGGUUUGUCCAGUGCUGGAAUUCCCUCGGGAGAAUGCUUCACGGGAGUUGCUGACUCAAGCUGUGCUCUCUCUCUUCUGUCAAAUCAACCAUGGGGCUCUAGAAAUCGGGCUUCAAGUCUAGGGGUAAACGACAUGAUGAAUACCGAAGGGUCUUCAGUGGCUCAACCAACAACGCCUAAUGGUGCAACUGUGAAUCCUUAUUCGAAUGCCUCUUGGGGUUUCAAGGGCAAUGACUCUGGUAGCAGCUCUCACGAAUUGCCCCCUCACCUGGGCUUGGGUCAAAUCACAGAGCCUGUUAACAAUCAGUUUUCUGGUGGGCUUGACUUGUCUCAGCAAAGCAGGAGGCAAUUUAUGGAACUUGAGCAAUCAAGGGGGUAUGACACUUCCACGCAGCAUAUUCACUGGUCGCGCUAAGUUUGGUGCCUCCUGUCUCUUUCCUGUGCAUGUUGACCACUUUUUGUGCCCGAUCUUAUGUCAUGUUAUAACUUGCGAUGUGACGUAUUCCUUUUGGGCAUCGGUUUUCUGUUUUCUAUGGGGGGUUGGAUUAUCCCAAACCAUCUCUUAUUUUGUCUGCCUAAGCUUGUAACAUGCUUGAUAGCAAGGUGUUCCCCCAGCUUAAACUAAUUAGCAACUGAAUAAUCUAUCUUAAUCCUUUAGCUUAGCAGA